AUGAAACCUGUCGUAAAGUCCAAAUCUCAAGAACUUUGCGAGGUUGACGAGCUCGCGAUCUUGAUUAGAUCCUGUGGAGCUCUUCGCGAUGUGUCGAGAGCCCGAGACGCCCACUCUCGCGUCGCUGCGAGCCAGCAUUCGCAGAACAGGUAUCUCUCCAAUCUCAUCGUCGAAUUGUAUGGAAAGUGUGGAGCGAUCGAUGAAGCUCGAUCGGUGUUUGAUUCCAUUCGCCGCCCCAAUUCCUUCUCUUGGGGUAUCAUGCUGUCCGCCUACGUUGAUAGUGGCAGCCUCGAUCAGGCCAGAAACUUCUUCGAUCGAAUCCCUUGGAAGAAUUCGGUGUGCUGGAAUUCGAUGAUCGCCGCGUAUGCUCGUCUUGGAUCUAUCGAGGAAACGCAGAGAUUGUUCGAUCAAAUGCCCGUCAAGGACAUGGUUUCAUGGACGACUUUGAUAUCCCUCUAUGCCCAAAAAGGAGAUCUCACGAAAGCAAAGCUCCUGUUUGAUGGGCUCGUAGAUCCAGAUCCAAUUGCUUGGAACACAAUCAUCCAGGCAUUUGGAACAAAUGGUUUAGUCAACGAAGCAAAGGAUUAUUUCGAUAGAAUGCCACAGCGAGAUUUGCGUGCGUGGACGUCGAUGCUCUCGGCAUAUGCCUUAAGCGGGCAUCUUGACGAGGCAAAAGUAGUUUUUGAUAGAAUGCCCGACCGCGACGUGGUGACGUGGACGGCCAUGGUCUCGGCAUAUGCCCAGGCAAGGCAUAUUAGCGAGGCGUUGAGAAUCUUUGACGAAUCUCCCGAGUUUACCAUAGUGUCGUACAAUGCGGUACUUACAAUGCAUGCACAGCAUGGUAACGUGAAUGAGGCGAAGCGUCUGUUUGACGAAAUGGUCACGCACGAUGUUUUCUCGUGGAACGCGAUGCUAAUGGCAUAUGCCCAAGCCGGGCAUAUGCGGGAAUCGGAGAGCCUAUUCCGGCAAAUGCCCAUGCACGACAUUGCCUCGUGGAGCUUGAUGCUGGGCGCAUAUGCCGGCGAGAGUGGCAUUGAUGCCGCUAGGGCCACGCUGGACGCCAUGCCGGAGUUCAAUGUGGUCAGCUGGAACACCAUGAUUGGCGCGUACGGGCGGUACGGAGAGACCAACGCGGCAUCACGACUUUUCGACUCGAUGAACGAAAGGGAUAUUCUUUCCUGGAAUGCGCUCUUGACGGCAUUUGCCCAGGGCGGCGAUCUGGAAGAUGCCAAGUCGCGGUUUGACUUGAUGCCGGAGUGGAAUCUCGCAUCUUGGACGACGCUGGUCACCGCAUAUUCCGAGAAGGGUCAACUGGAGCAGGCCAGGCUGGUGUUCGAUUCCAUGCCCGAGCACGACAUCGUGUCGUGUACGUCCCUCAUCGCAGCGUACGGACUCCAGGGACACGUGCACGAAUCCGAGCAGGUGUUUGGACGCAUGCCCUUACAAAAUGCCGCCACGUGCACGGCUAUGAUUGCGUCCUACGGCCACGGGGGUCAUCUGGACCGCGCGAAGGAAGCUUUCGACGGCAUCCGCGAGCGCGACAUGGUGGCCUGGAACGCGAUCAUAGCAGCAUAUUCACAGAAUCUUCACCUCAAACAAGCCGAGGCGACCUUUGCGGUGCUACCAUGGCGGGACAUGGUGACGUGGAACACCAUGGUCGCGGCAUAUGCCCAAAACGGGCAUCUCCUCGCGGCAAAGCUCACGUUUGAGAGGAUGCCAAGGCGGGACGCCACGUCGUGGUGUACCAUGGUCGCGGCAUAUUCCAGAUUCGCGGGGAGAUCCAUUGCCACCCAGGCUUUCAGGAGCAUGGAAAUGGAGGGAAUCGAGCUGAAUCCCGCGGCAUUCUCAAAGAUUCUCGCCGGAUGCAGCCAUGCCGGCCUCAUAUCCGAGAGCUUGUCCUACUUUUCCUCUAUGGGCGAGAACUAUGACAUGGUGGCGUCCAAAGAACACUAUUGCAGCCUGGUUGACGCUCUCGGGAGAUCCGGCAAGCUUGGAGAGGCGAGAGAUUUGAUAGACAACAUGCCAUUCAUCGCCGACGUUGUGGUUUGUGGAUCACUCCUCGCAUCUUGCGAGAGAAGCUCGAAUCUAAAUGUUGGUCGAGAUAUCGCCAAGAACAUCCUAUCGAUCGAUCCACGAAAUGGGAGCUCGUGUGUAGCUCUAGCAAACACCAUUGCUCAAAGACCCUUAAACCUAGAGCAAACGAUUUAAACGGGACUUUUAGGGCAUACGUCAGCCAAAAGCCCUAAAGGUCAUUAAUCGCGUUUACUUUCUCCUUCCAUUUGCCCUCAUCUCUUUCUUUCGUCUUUGCUUUGUCCGUUUUCUCCUGGUUUACAUUCUUUCCGAGGCUGUGCUGCUGCGAUGGCGCUAGCGAUGCCGAUGCCGAUGGCGAGCCGCGCGCCAUAGCCGCGGUUCUUCCAGGCUCAUCGGCUCAUCGCCAAUUGGCCACAAAUCUUUCGGCCGGAGGCGGAAUUCGGGGUCGCGCGAUCGCGAGGGCGAGGGUUUUGCUGCGUGGAUCUUGCGCGAUCAGAUCGCAUUUCUAGGUAUGUGUCACUGCCGGAGCAGCCGGAUUGCAUGGCGAAAUUGAGAUCUCGAUUUUUAGGGCAAUUCUUUCUUUGUGAGCUUGCUUCUCGCGGAAUCCAUUGCCGAUUGACUCUUUCUGGGAAGCUCGUUCAUCGUUUCUGUGGUCUUUUCUUUUCUCCUUCAUUUUACUCUCGUGUCUUUCUUUUCUUUUUACAACUCUUUCUGUGAGCACUGUGGUGUCUGGGAUUUGAGAUCACAUCUUGUCAAUCUAGUGUUUUUUCGAUACUUUGUUCUCGUGGUUUUCUUGCUGGUUGUCGUUACACCUGUAAAAUGCCUUGAGAGCUUUCUUUCAAACUAAGUUUCUCUGUGUUUGUCA